CACGAUAUUUUUUUGGAUUUCUACUGACAUUUUUUGAACUCUCUAAAAAAUGGUAUCAUUUCUGAAACAUCUACGUAUUGAAAAUGAAACGGGGGUCCUACGAGACACCCGGACCCCACCGAUGACCCCGAAGACCCCAAAGACCCCAAAACCCCCUCAAACCCCACGGCCAAUGCUCACAGUUGGCUCACCGCCGUGUACUCCGUGCUCACCGUUUGUGCUCAAUGCUACGUCAUUUUGUUUCAGGAAAGGCCCGGCCCGAUCGGUAGUCUACCAGCCGAAUGGCCACCCAAAGCAAGUGGUUAUUGACGGAGAGAUUUGGCCGCCAAUUUUCAAGCCGAAAAACGUUCGGACUGCAAAAUCCAUGCAAUUUGGGGAGACGGACGUGGUGAUUGCCACGUAUCCAAAAUGUGGAACUACGUGGCUCCAGCAUAUUACUUCUCAGUUGAUCAAGGGGCACGAUUAUAAGGCUGGGAAGGGAAAUGAGCUCUGUGUGCAAUCGCCAAUGAUCGAGCGUAUGGGAGCAGCAUUUGCAGACAAUAUAAAAGGUCCACGUGUCCUGAAAACUCAUUUUCAUCACUAUAACAUCCCAAAAUACCCGGAUACCAAGUACAUUUACUGCGUCAGAAACCCCAAAGACUGUCUGACCUCAUAUUUCCAUCAUAACCGGAAUUUCAAAAUUUACAACUGGGCAAAUGGUACUUGGGAUGUCUUUUUGGAUCUUUUUGCGUCAGGACAAUUGGCUUUUGGGGACUAUUUUGAGCAUUUGCUCAGCUGGUUGCCGUGUUUGAAAGAUGAUAAUGUGCUCUUUUUGAAGUAUGAGGAUAUGUUUCAGGAUUUGGAAAAUGCUGUGUAUAAGAUCGGUCAAUUCCUCGGGGGAGAAGCUGCUCACCGAGUUGAAAAUCCGGAAAUCCUCCGAGAAAUCGUUGACAACAGUACAAUUGACGCCAUGAAAAAGGAUCAGAAGCGUUGGUUUCCAGAAUCCCAACUACACAAAGUAGAAUUUAUUCGGAAAGGCGGUAGUCGUGAUUGGAAGAAUUAUUUCACUCGGGAGCAAUCUGAUCGGAUUGACUCAAUUUUUGCGGCGAAAUUUGCCGGGACUCCUGCUGAGCAUUGGUGGAAAUACGAAAUGGCAUGGGAAGAGAAACCCCUCUCAAUUGAGAAUCUAUCCAUGGAAGAAGAAGAGGAGGAGCAGUCCCAGAAGCUUUUCGCGUUGCCCCCACUUCCACCACAACGUAGAUUCUCCAGAACAUCCCUAUUGUCAGCUGGUUACGGUAGUGUAUGGUCCCUGUCCUCUCAGAAUGCAAAUAUGUCGGCCAGCUCGUCGGUCAACAAGGAUUUGUCCACUUUCGCUGAGUAGCGACUCGGAUUUCUAAGUUUUCUGUACUUUUUUCUACUUUUUCCGUUUUUUUUUUCACUGUAAAGCUCUAUUUUUUGAGCUAAAAUGAGACUUUUUUGGAUUUGCAAUAAUAAAUGUUUUAAUCUCAAA